AUGGCGGCCGUGGCCAGCCCGCGCGACGAUGUCAUGGACACCCGUACACCCUCGCCCGGACCGCGCUCCGAUAGUGGGCAUAGCAGCAACAACAGCGAGCCGGGCUAUCAGCCAGACCUUAGUAAUGAAGUUGCCAUGUUGAGCACGAAGCUGGUGAAUGCUAUCAACUACCAGACCAAUCUCGACGACUCCCUUCAACAGACCCGACACGAGCUGGAGCAGGCGCGGCAUAUAAUCAGCACGCUCGAGGUGGAGAAGCAGCGGAUAGACAUGCUGAUCCAAGGCGGAUACUACGUCAUGCGGUCCGAAAUGGAGGAGACGCUGGCCAAGAUGCGCAAUGAAUUGGCGACCGAGCGUAGUGCGAGAGAGGUGGCGGAGAAGGCGAGGAAGCAAGCUGAUGGCGAGCUGGAGAAUCUGACGGUGCAGCUGUUUGAAGAGGCCAACAAGAUGGUCUCGGCCGCGCGGAAAGAGACGGAGGCUGCGGAGAAGCGAAAUGCACAGCUGAAGAGUCAGAUCCUCGAUACGGAAUCUCUGCUUGCCUCGCAGCAGGAACAACUGCAUGAUCUAAAGGGCACGAUGGAGAAGCUGCACGAAGAUGCCUCUUCCACCAGAGAUGUCAGUGUACCGUCCACUCCCGUUACCGCAAACCACGCCAUGUUCGACGCACUGCAGAGCUCCCCGUACGCUGCUACGCUCCCGGACGUUCCCCCCGAACACCCUCUUCACUUCGCCUCCCUUAUCAGCCCGGUGCUACGGAAUGACAUUACUGCCUACACGGACUUUCAGGAUUUGCUCCUUCUGGCUAGGCGUCUGGGAGCACAUUCCCGCACCAACAGCAGCAAUAACACUGCCCAGACCUCCUCACAGAACUCUACGACGUACGGCAACUUCGCUGCUUCCGCUUCCUCGCCAAACCUCCCCGGUGCAUUUUCUUUCUCGGCGAGCUCCAGUCCUUCAUCGGCUGGCCCUGGCAGCAACAUGCCGCCUCUCAAGGACAGCAAGUUCUACAAGCGCGCACUGACCGAGGACAUUGAACCGACACUGCGUCUGGAUCUAGCACCGGGUCUUUCAUUCCUGAGCAGGAGGACUGUGCUAGCUUCACUUCUGGCUGGCAGUCUCGCGGUGGAGCCAUAUCCGCAAAACAAGCACUACUUUGCUUGCACACUGUGUGGUGAAACGAGGCGCAACGAGCCAUACAUCAGGAGAACGCGAUUCCGGGUGAGUGAGGAUGAUGGCGUGAGCAAGCCACUUUGUGACUACUGCGUCGGCAGACUUCGAGCUGCGUGCGACUUUGUCGGGUUCUUGAGAAUGGUCCGGGAUGGACUAUGGAGAUGCGACAGCGAAGAAGAUCAGCGAUGUGCUUGGGAGGAAAGUGUCAGGUUGAGAGAGAGGAUGUUCUGGGCGAGGUUGGGUGGUGGUGUGGUACCAGUGCAGGGAAGAGCCACGCCACUGGCUUCUACCGAGAGGACAAGUCUUGAGAGGAUUCCUGAGAAGACGAUGCCCACGGUUUCUGAAGAGACUGCCACGGUCAGCAGUACGAGGAAGCGCUCUGCGUACAUCACACCGCCUGGAAGUAGUCAUCUCUCUCCUUCUGUCUCGCGAGAGGGCGAGGAUCAGGAUGGUGGUGCCGUGUACUCUCAACCUAGCACACCGUUUGAAGAUGCAAGCGAACAGCUAGGGAGCGAGCUUUCGGCGGCCGCCUCGGCAAAUGAGAGGCCGAAAAGUCUUCACCUGGAAAGAGUGAGAACACCUUCGCCUACGAAACGGAACUCAGUACAGAGCCAGCUGGACAAAUCCCGAACCCCUUCUCCAGUGAAAAGAAGCUCGGUACAUAGUCAACAUUCUCGGACACCUUCGCCUACGAAGUUUCAGAGUCCUGCUUCAGCAAAGCGAGGCUCAGUCAUCAGUCAAUUAGGAGGAGCAGAUCGGGCCGCGAGUCCUACCAAGAGUCUCCAAUCUGAGCAGGGUGAAGGGCAAAGGAAGAACUCUUCUGUGCUUGAUAGAGUUCGGGCCAUGGAGGGUGCGAAGUGA